AUGUCCAAUAAAAUUGACAUCGACGGACCCAAUCCUGCCAAAAACUAUGGCGGGAUGUCGACGUUGGCACAAGUGUGCGCCACCAUAGCACAAAGUUUUUUAUUAGUGGGAUUGGGCAUGGAGUUGACCAUGUCAACGAUUGUAAUUCAAGAUUUGUAUAAAAAUCCAAAAAGUGAAUUUUCGUUGACAACGGAGCAAGUAUCGUGGUACGGGAGCAUAUUGUUCGUAUUUCAUCCGACCGGCAGUUUUCUGUCGGGAUUCCUGCAGGACAGAUUUGGAAGGAAAAGAUGCAUGGUUUUAGCCAACAUACCCAGUAUUUUGGGAUGGAUAAUGCUAUACUACACACACUCAGUGGUUUCACUGUACACGUCCACCGUGCUGAUGGGGUUAAGUAUAGGGUUCAGCGAAGCUCCAAUAUUGUCUUACGUCGGCGAAAUAACCGAACCUAGGCACAGGGGAACGAUGGCUUCGUUGGCGUCCGCGGCGGGCAUGUUUGGGAUGUUGUUGAUUUUCAUUUUGGGGUAUUUUUUUGAAUGGAGAACCGUCGCAUUGCUGAGCACACUUUGUCCAAUCACGUGCAUAUGCCUCGUUAUGUUGAUCCCGGAGUCACCUUUAUGGUUGAUCGCCAACGGAAAAAUCGAAAAGGCUCAAAAGGCACUGUGUUGGUUAAGAGGAUGGGCGAAACCCGAAGUGGUAAAAACCGAACUCUCGGAACUCGUUCGGUAUAACGAAGUGUCCGGAACUCAAAAUGGCAAAGUCAACAUUGAAAAUGAAAAUAUACUUUCAAAAUUAGCACAACUCAUAGAUCCAUCCGUUUACAGACCUUUCAGAUUAGUGAUGAUUAUUUUUUUUAUUUCCUACAUUGCGUGUCUUUUACCUAGCAAACCGUAUUUUAGCCAAAUAAUGGGUGAAGUUGGUUUAUCAGAACAUCGAAGUUUGUUGUUUGUUAUUUUCGGCGUUCUGCAAAACGCUGGAUGCCUUAUACUAGUUUUAUCGGUGAAACACUUGGGAAAAAGAUUUUUAGCCAUAAUGUCGGUUUCGAUAAAUACUGUUUUGCUAUUUUUAUUCGGUCUAUACGUCAUGGCAUUGAAAAAUGGUUACACCACAUCAAUUCCUUGGAUUCCCACAGUCCUAUUAAGCGGAAUUUCUUUAUUUGGAACUUCUAUCAGCACUUUACCUUGGAUGUUAAUUAGCGAAGUCUUUCCUAACAAAAGCCGAGGAGUCGCUGCUGGAUCAUGUGAAGCUUCAUCGUAUUUGUUAAUGUUCAUACUAACAAAAUUAUACUUAACAAUUGAAAUUAAUUUAACCUUGGAGUACACUAUGCUUCUAUUUGGUGGUAUCGGGCUUUUUGGAUUGGUUUACAUAUAUUUUUAUUUACCGGAAACUGAAAAAAAAACGCUUUUAGAAAUUGAAGAAAAUUUCAAAUAAAUUGUAUAUAGUUAGUGCUUUACAUUUAA